UUAUAUUACAAUCUAACCAUUCAGAUGUUGUGCAAACACAUAAUACGUACACAUGAAAAAACUAUCAAUGUCGACCAUUAAGCGGCACAUUUACACAUUGAGCGGUGUAGCACGAUUUCAAGUGUUUACUACACUAUCUAAUUGGUCUAAUACAUAACACCUGAUGCAUCAUUUGUGAAUUUCCUACUUAACACCCGUUUGUAUCUUAAAAAAUAACAAAAUUUAACUGGGUCAUGAGACCUACAUGAUUUUCCCCUACACGAAAUUGUUCAUCUAACCAGCAGUAAUUAGGUGAUUCAUACAUGAAGCCACCUCUUCCUUGCCCAAUUGCCACCUAUAAAUGGACUUGAUUAUCCUACAAGAUAAUCCAUAGUUAAUCAGAAAUCUUAAUCCAUACAAAUAGUAUUAAUUACCUUCUAACACAAACGGUGGAGUGGUAAUCAUGGCAUCCUUCAAGUAUCUUAUCAACUCUUUCAGCUGCUUCCAAGCUGCUACAAUCCUUGUGUUGUUUAUUGCCCUGAGCAUCUCAGUGCAUACUCGGAAGGCUGAUGCUCAGGGCAGCAGUUGCUCGGCCGAGCUGAGCAGCCUAAAUGUGUGUGCACCUUUUGUGGUGCCUGGCUCCACCAACACCAACCCGAGCUCUGAUUGUUGUAGCGCGCUCCAAGCCGUCCAUCCUGAAUGCAUUUGCAACGCUAUCAGGGUCGCCGCUCGCCUCCCCGCCCAGUGCAAUCUCUCCCCCCUCACUUGUGGUUAG